AUGUCCGUCGUUGAGCAGCGCCACGGAAAGAAGAACAUCCUCGCCGAGCACGACGACGAUGUCGUCAUUGUCUCGGCUCUCCGAACUCCCAUCACCAAGGGCAAGAAGGGUGGCCUCUCGCAGUGCGCCCCCGAGGAGAUGCUCGGCUGGACUCUUAAGGGUGUUCUUGCCCAGUCCAAGAUCGACCCCAAGCUCAUCGAGGAUGUUGCCGUCGGUACCGUCCUCGCUCCCGGUGGUGGCUCCACCCAGGCCCGUAUGGGUGCUCUCUGGGCCGGUAUCCCCAACACUGCCGGUUGCAACAGCUUGAACCGACAGUGCUCUUCCGGUCUCGCUGCCGUCAACCAGAUUGCCAACCAGAUCGCUCUUGGCCAGAUCGACAUCGGUAUCGGUUCCGGAGUCGAGUCGAUGACCCUCAACUAUGGUGCCGGUAUCAUGCCCUCCAAGAUGUCCGAUGCCGUCAUGGAGAACGAGGAGGCUGCCGACUGCCUCAUGCCCAUGGGUAUCACCUCUGAGAACGUCGCCAAGAAGUACAACAUCAACCGUCAGAAGCAGGACACCUUCGCCGCCGACUCGUUCGCCAAGGCCGCUGCCGCACAGAAGGCUGGCAAGUUCAAGAGCGAGAUCGUCACCGUCAAGUACGUUGACGACGAUGGCAACGAGCGCACCGUCGACUUGGACGAUGGUAUCCGUGAGGGCGUUACCGUCGAGUCGCUCUCCAAGCUUAAGCCCGCCUUCGCCAAGGACGGUUUCACGCACGCCGGUAACGCAUCGCAGGUCAGUGACGGUGCCGCCUCGGUCCUCCUUGCCCGCCGCAGCGCUGCCAAGAAGCACGGUCUCCCCAUCAUCGGCAAGUUUGUUACUUGUGCCGUGGUUGGUGUUCCCCCCAACAUCAUGGGUGUCGGCCCCGCUUACGCCAUCCCUCGCCUCUUCGAGCUCACCGGUCUCUCCAAGGAUGACAUUGACAUCUUUGAGAUCAACGAGGCUUUCGCUUCGCAGGCUCUCUUCUCAGUCGAGCACCUCGGCCUUGACAAGAACAAGGUCAACCCUGUCGGUGGUGCCAUUGCCAUGGGCCACCCUCUCGGUGCCACUGGUGCCCGACAGAUCGCCACUGGUCUUGCCGAGGCUAAGCGCCAGGGCGGUAAGAAGCUCAUCGUCACCUCGAUGUGCGUCGGUACGGGUAUGGGUUGCGCCUCUCUCAUCGUUUCCGCUUGA